AUGCGAGGAAAAACAUUCUACACGCUGUGCAUCCCGUUGGUUGACAUAUACAUAUAUAACUCGGAUGUUAUAAUAGACCUAGGAAUAGAGCCAAAUGCAAUGACCCUCUACCAGAACAUUCAAGAAGAAGGGCAGAAGAUUCUCGUGCAGUACGAAAAUAAAUCGAGCAGUUCCAGAAAGUAUUAUGGAGGCAUGUCGUACAAUACAUGUGCAGAAAUUGCAAAGACGCAGGGCUCUGCAUGCGCUGUUUUUUUAGGUCCAUUCUCAACAGACGAGUUGUCUAUGUCUGUCUUUGAAAGGGCAAUUGCUGGUGAGAUUAAGAACCUAACGAUAUAUCCAGAGUAUAUAGACAGUGAAUCAGGCAGAUCUUAUGUGAUCCCAAAGGGCUCUAAUAGGGCAAUGAUCACGAAAAUAAACGAAAAACAAGUCAUCUCAAUGGGGCUUGUUGAGAGGUUUAUUAGUCUAGUAAAAGAAGGAAGCACAAAAGAAGAUGAUGCCUUGUAUCUAGCAGGCUACACAGUAGAGCAGUCCACAAAAAACCUGGAAUAUCUACUCGAUGAGAAGAAUCUUCUUGGUGCCAAGUACACAUUAAUAUUCAACCUUGCAGACCCAGGCGUAUUAAAGCGGUCGUACAGAAGAAUAAAGAAAUUCAUUGAGAAGUCAGAUUGGAUAAUUGGGAAUGCAGAAGAGUUCACUGAGCUGUUCCAUCAAGAAACCCAAGAAUACCCAACGGAUAGAAACUCACUUCAUGAUUAUAUUGGGCGUAGGUUUGACUAUGCGGUAGUUACAGAUGGAAGUGGCCCUGUAACAGUAUAUGCAAAGAUCGAUGGGAAGAAGUGCGUGCUAGUAAAGCAGCCAGAAGACAUUAAAGUAAAGAACCCAACAGGCGCAGGAGAUGUUUUUGCAGCCACUUUCUUCUCGCACAUUUUAGUUGAUGCAUCAGAUGUGCAGGGUGCCUUGGAUUCUUCUGUGGCCAGAACUAGUGAGUAUCUGACCAGACUAACUGGGCGUAUGGAAAAUAAUCACGUAUAA